ACAAUUAAAAAACUGAUAUUGAGGUUUAUCUGGAAGAAAAAAAAAAAACAAGAAUAAGUUAUGAAGUACUCGUUAUGGUCUUCUCUUUGGGAAUGUAUAUAUUGUCUGUGUAUACUGUAUAUAUUUGAGGGAUAUCUGUACUGUUCUGACAUUCUUGGACCUCAAGAAAUUAGAUUGGCCGUCAGGACUUCAGGAUUGAUCAAUUUUCAGAUAUAUCCCAUAGUUUGUGAACUAUAUAACUUUCCUACAGACUAAAUAAUACAUCCUAAUUUGGGAUAUUUUCACCAAAGACAUGUAG